UGCGCCUGCGACCAUCCUUGACGUCCUUCCGCUUCUCCAUCUCUUUUCCUCACUUAUUCUGUACACUCGUUCGUCGAUUUGUUUUUGCAGCGUCAAUUUCUCUUGCAGCGUUCCUCGCCAACUUCAGAUCAUGAAAGCAUGGAAUAGACUAUUAGCUGGUGUUGGCAUCGCGCGAGCCGCAAUAACCCUCGACACGAGCAGCACCGACUCUAUAAAACAAGCUGCGUCGACGGCAGCAUGGGGCAUGGUCAAGUACUGGUAUACGGGCAACAACACCGGUGAUGUUCCUGGUAAUCUGCCCGCGCCUUACUACUGGUGGGAGGCUGGUGGCUUCUUCGGAACAUUGAUUGACUACUGGUACUAUACCGGCGAUACAACAUACAACAACAUCACCACACAGGCCAUUCUGCAUCAGAUCGGCGCAGAUUCCGACUUCAUGCCCUCGAACCAAACCAAGGACGAAGGGAAUGACGACCAGUCUUUUUGGGCCUUCACUGCUCUAGCGGCAGCUGAGUACAACUAUCCUGCUCCUCCAAGCGGCUACGCGAGCUGGCUCGCAUUGGUCCAGGCCGUAUUUAAUGAACAGGCUGCUCGAUGGGACACUACAACCUGCGGCGGUGGAUUGCGCUGGCAGAUUUUCACCUUCAAUACCGGAUAUACGUAUAAAAAUUCGAUAUCCAAUGGCUGCUUUUUCAAUAUCGCCGCUCGGUUGGGCAGAUAUACCGGAAACACGACAUAUCUGGACUGGGCAAACAAGGCUUGGGACUGGGUGUCAGCCAUAGGCCUCAUGGACAGCUCGUAUCAUUUCUUCGACGGCACGGAGGACACUUCGAAUUGUACCUCGCUUGAUCAUGUCCAAUGGACAUACAACCAAGGCGUUUUCCUAUAUGGCGCGGCGAUCAUGUGGAAUGUGUCUGCAACUAAUGACGCCGCGAACGGUACGACAACUCCGAGCAACACAACGACAUUAUGGCGCACGCGCGUCGAAGGCAUCCUGAACGCGUCCAGCGUCUUCUUCACGAACAACAUCAUGUACGAAGUGGCAUGCGAAACAAACGGCAAGUGCGACAAUGAUCAGAAAUCUUUCAAAACGUACCUUGCCCGCUGGAUGGCUGCCACCACAAAGGUAGCCCCGUAUACAACAGACACAAUCAUGAACUUGUUGACCACAUCCGCUGAGGCAUGUGCUAAGACGUGCACUGCCGGAGCAGAUGGAAAUCAGUGCGGCUUGGAGUGGACGAAAGAGGCGAACGAUGGUGAUUUGGGUCCUGGACAGCAAAUGGCGGCCGUGUCUAUUUUCUCUGGCUUACUCGCGGGCGACGUUCCUGGGGCGCUUACAAAUAAGACGGGAGGAACGAGCGUCGGCGACGCAGCAGCCGGAACAACAUCAAAUGAUAGCCCAACAAAAUUUUCCACAAUCACCACUGGCGAAAAGGCCGGGGCUGCAAUCCUGACGUUAACUGUGAUACUUGGCAUGUUCAGUGGAGUCUGGUGGAUUGCAACGGAUUCGGAAUAAUCGCUCCAGAUUAGAUUCUUUAGAAUAAAGGUGGAUUAUUGCAUUCGCUGUAGGCAAAUUUUUCUUUGAGCGUCUAAACAUCUAAACAUAACGCCGGGUGAAG